AUGUGUCUAGUGGUUUGGUUAAAAAUUUGUCUGGAGCCAAAGACAGGAAUUUGCAGAUGCAAAACCCGAUUAGAUGGCAAAGUAGCUCUUGUUACUGGUGGAAACUCUGGAAUCGGAUUAGAAACGGCCAGAGACUUAGCAAAAAGAGGUGCGAGGGUAAUAAUAGCUAGCAGGAACGCCGCGAAAUCUGAGCAAGCAGUCACUGACAUAAUUGCUACUACAGGGAAUAAAAAUGUAGAGUACAGAUGUUUGAAUCUUUGUAAAUUCAGCAGCGUGAGAGAUUUCGCUGAUGAUUUCAACAAAACAGUGGAUCGUUUGGAUAUUUUGGUCAAUAAUGCUGGAUGUGCUGACCUGGAGCCAUCUCUAACCGUCACUGAGCAAAACCUGACAGACCGAGUUCGGUACAUCCUUCGCUCCGACAUAUUUGGUAACGCCGAACUCAAAAGACUACGACGUGAGGCUGUUCCAUCAUCAGAUGAAAAUGCUAUGGCUGAGAAUGCGGCGCCAGUAAUUGCACAGCAACCUGCAUACAUGGAUGCCGUCGUGGAUAUUCCAGUUGUAGUUGAUUCAGACGAUGAUGGAACAGUCUCCCAUGAACUAGAGAAAAUGAGGAGCAUAUUGGAAGAGGCAAUGUCAGAAACGCGCAGAUUGUCAGCUUUAGGAUCAUUAGCUGGUGGAGCAGCGGGUAUAGCAAAAGCUGUUAAUGAUUCAAAAGCAGCACAAAAGAGUCUUCAGGAAUCUGAAAGACGCAACAGAAUGAUGGAAGCCGUUGCUCUAGGAAAAGGAUUAUACAUUAAACCUCAUAAACAAGGAGCAGGUUUAUAUCUUAACCCCUCAAAAAACUAA